AUGUUCGAACUAAAAGUUUUAAACUUAUCACACAAUCAUUUGUUCCAAAUCGACGGAAAGAUGCAAUUGAAUCCCUAUUUUAAUUUGCAAACACUGGAUCUUUCACAUAAUCAUCUCAGUCACGGUCCUGCAUCGGCAGCGUUCCGCACCGUUAGUGAGUUAUAUCUCCAAAAUAACGAAUUUAUCGAAUUCGAUUUUAGAUCAUCGGAAAACUUGCGAAACGUAUACCUUUCCAACAAUGAAUGGAGUUGUAAAAAAAUUGAAGCCAUAAAUAAAACCACGGUAAUUGCCGAUCAGUUUCAUGGUGAAUGUCUCUCAGGUUUCGUUAAAAAGAAAGGUAUCUGUUGUAGAGAGUACAAAAAACCUUACAUUCAACGCCUAAAUGAAGUCCUCACAGAAGCUUUAUUUCAUAAUCAAACCAACCAACAGCGGCUUGCAACAAAAUGUCGCUCAAGGCCGAGUAGCUCUCGGCCCGAAAUUCUUAAUGAGAAUGAACUAACUCGGCUACGAAAUGAAGCAGCUACUGGUGAUGAUGCUAACAAAAAGCUCAUCGAUGAGUUAUGGAAUAUUACUAACUUACACAAAAAUUUUACCGAAGACAUCAAAAGAUUAGAGGUUGAACGGAAUAUUUUAAAUUCACAACAAACGGCGCUUAAAACAGCAAUCGAACAGCAAAGACAAUUUUAUGCAAUUGUCAAAGAAGGACUUAUCAGCGAUCAAGAAAAGCUUACCAGAAUACUUCAAUACCUUAAAGAAAGAGAAAUAUUAAAUGCUGAAUUAGUAACUGCACGCGAACAGGAUACAUUAGAAACGGAUGAUGAUUUGAAGUACAUAAAGCAGGAAAAAAGUGACUUUGAAAAAUCCCUUGCGGAUAUGAAAACCAUAGUGGAGCAGCUUGAAAAAGAAGAGACUGAAAAGAAAAAACAGAAAGAUGACCUGGAGAGAAAAGCAAACCGGCAUUCCGUCAGAAUUCACGGAUCUUCCGAACGAGUAUCGUGAAAAGCUAUUGUCAAUUGCGAGGAAAAUUAUACCAUCCAAAGUGCGAUAUCGCUCAUAAAAGUGCUAUUCUGCAUUAAAUCGUUUCGGUAUCUUCGGCGCACUUCGUUAUCU